AUGGGAGAAUACUGCGUCAGGCUGCCCCCUGCUGUAUGGGAGAAUACUGCGUCACGCUGCCCCCUGCUGUAUGGGAGAAUACUGCGUCACGCUGCCCCCUGCUGUAUGGGAGAAUACUGCGUCACGCUGCCCCCUGCUGUAUGGGAGAAUACUGCGUCAGGCUGCCCCCUGCUGUAUGGGAGAAUACUGCGUCACGCUGCCCCCUGCUGUAUGGGAGAAUACUGCGUCACGCUGCCCCCUGCUGUAUGGGAGAAUACUGCGUCACGCUGCCCCCUGCUGUAUGGGAGAAUACUGCGUCACGCUGCCCCCUGCUGUAUGGGAGAAUACUGCGUCAGGCUGCCCCCUGCUGUAUGGGAGAAUACUGCGUCACGCUGCCCCCUGCUGUAUGGGAGAAUACUGCGUCAGGCUGCCCCCUGCUGUAUGGGAGAAUACUGCGUCACGCUGCCCCCUGCUGUAUGGGAGAAUACUGCGUCACGCUGCCCCCUGCUGUAUGGGAGAAUACUGCGUCACGCUGCCCCCUGCUGUAUGGGAGAAUACUGCGUCACGCUGCCCCCUGCUGUAUGGGAGAAUACUGCGUCAGGCUGCCCCCUGCUGUAUGGGAGAAUACUGCGUCACGCUGCCCCCUGCUGUAUGGGAGAAUACUGCGUCAGGCUGCCCCCUGCUGUAUGGGAGAAUACUGCGUCACGCUGCCCCCUGCUGUAUGGGAGAAUACUGCGUCAGGCUGCCCCCUGCUGUAUGGGAGAAUACUGCGUCAGGCUGCCCCCUGCUGUAUGGGAGAAUACUGCGUCAGGCUGCCCCCUGCUGUAUGGGAGAAUACUGCGUCAGGCUGCCCCCUGCUGUAUGGGAGAAUACUGCGUCACGCUGCCCCCUGCUGUAUGGGAGAAUACUGCGUCAGGCUGCCCCCUGCUGCAUGGGAGAAUACUGCGUCACGCUGCCCCCUGCUGUAUGGGAGAAUACUGCGUCACGCUGCCCCCUGCUGUAUGGGAGAAUACUGCGUCACGCUGCCCCCUGCUGUAUGGGAGAAUACUGCGUCAGGCUGCCCCCUGCUGUAUGGGAGAAUACUGCGUCACGCUGCCCCCUGCUGUAUGGGAGAAUACUGCGUCACGCUGCCCCCUGCUGUAUGGGAGAAUACUGCCACGCUGCCCCUGCUGUAUGGGAGAAUACUGCGUCACGCUGCCCCCUGCUGUAUGGGAGAAUACUGCGUCACGCUGCCCCCUGCUGUAUGGGAGAAUACUGCGUCACGCUGCCCCUGCUGUAUGGGAGAAUACUGCGUCACGCUGCCCCCUGCUGUAUGGGAGAAUACUGCGUCACGCUGCCCCCUGCUGUAUGGGAGAAUACUGCGUCACGCUGCCCCCUGCUGUAUGGGAGAAUACUGGUCACGCUGCCCCUGCUGUAUGGGAGAAUACUGCGUCACGCUGCCCCCUGCUGUAUGGGAGAAUACUGCGUCACGCUGCCCCUGCUGUAUGGGAGAAUACUGCGUCAGCUGCCCCCUGCUGUAUGGGAGAAUACUGCGUCACGCUGCCCCUGCUGUAUGGGAGAAUACUGCGUCACGCUGCCCCCUGCUGUAUGGGAGAAUACUGCGUCAGGCUGCCCCCUGCUGUAUGGGAGAAUACUGCGUCAGGCUGCCCCCUGCUGUAUGGGAGAAUACUGCGUCAGGCUGCCCCCUGCUGUAUGGGAGAAUACUGCGUCACGCUGCCCCCUGCUGUAUGGGAGAAUACUGCGUCACGCUGCCCCUGCCCUGCUGUAUGGGAGAAUACUGCGUCACGCUGCCCCUGCUGUAUGGGAGAAUACUGCGUCACGCUGCCCCCUGCUGUAUGGGAGAAUACUGCGUCAGUCCGCUGUAGGGCUGCCCCCUGCUGUAUGGGAGAAUACUGCGUCACGCUGCCCCUGCUGUAUGGGAGAAUACUGCGUCACGCUGCCCCCUGCUGUAUGGGAGAAUACUGCGUCACGCUGCCCCCUGCUGUAUGGGAGAAUACUGCGUCACUGCCCCUGCUGUAUGGGAGAAUACUGCCAGCUGCCCCUGCUGUAUGGGAGAAUACUGCGUCACGCUGCCCCCUGCUGUAUGGGAGAAUACUGCGUCACGUGCCCUGCUGUAUGGGAUACCCCUGCCCCCUGCUGUAUGGGAGAAUACUGCGUCACGCUGCCCCCUGCUGUAUGGGAGAAUACUGCGUCACGCUGCCCCCUGCUGUAUGGGAGAAUACUGCGUCACGCUGCCCCCUGCUGUAUGGGAGAAUACUGCGUCAGGCUGCCCCCUGCUGUAUGGGAGAAUACUGCGUCACGCUGCCCCUGCUGUAUGGGAGAAUACUGCGUCAGGCUGCCCCCUGCUGUAUGGGAGAAUACUGCGUCAGGCUGCCCCCUGCUGUAUGGGAGAAUACUGCGUCCGCUGCCCCCUGCUGUAUGGGAGAAUACUGCGUCACGCUGCCCCCUGCUGUAUGGGAGAAUACUGCGUCACGCUGCCCCCUGCUGUAUGGGAGAAUACUGCGUCACGCUGCCCCCUGCUGUAUGGGAGAAUACUGCGUCACGCUGCCCCCUGCUGUAUGGGAGAAUACUGCGUCACGCUGCCCCCUGCUGUAUGGGAGAAUACUGCGUCACGCUGCCCCCUGCUGUAUGGGAGAAUACUGCGUCACGCUGCCCCCUGCUGUAUGGGAGAAUACUGCGUCACGCUGCCCCCUGCUGUAUGGGAAUACUGCGUCAGAAUACUGCGUCACGCUGCCCCCUGCUGUAUGGGAGAAUACUGCGUCAGGCUGCCCCCUGCUGUAUGGGAGAAUACUGCGUCAGGCUGCCCCCUGCUGUAUGGGAGAAUACUGCGUCAGGCUGCCCCCUGCUGUAUGGGAGAAUACUGCGUCACGCUGCCCCCUGCUGUAUGGGAGAAUACUGCGUCAGGCUGCCCCCUGCUGUAUGGGAGAAUACUGCGUCACGCUGCCCCCUGCUGUAUGGGAGAAUACUGCGUCAGGCUGCCCCCUGCUGUAUGGGAGAAUACUGCGUCACGCUGCCCCCUGCUGUAUGGGAGAAUACUGCGUCACGCUGCCCCCUGCUGUAUGGGAGAAUACUGCGUCAGGCUGCCCCCUGCUGUAUGGGAGAAUACUGCGUCACGCUGCCCCCUGCUGCAUGGGAGAAUACUGCGUCACGCUGCCCCCUGCUGUAUGGGAGAAUACUGCGUCAGGCUGCCCCCUGCUGUAUGGGAGAAUACUGCGUCACGCUGCCCCCUGCUGUAUGGGAGAAUACUGCGUCAGGCUGCCCCCUGCUGUAUGGGAGAAUACUGCGUCAGGCUGCCCCCUGCUGUAUGGGAGAAUACUGCGUCAGGCUGCCCCCUGCUGUAUGGGAGAAUACUGCGUCAGGCUGCCCCCUGCUGUAUGGGAGAAUACUGCGUCAGGCUGCCCCCUGCUGCAUGGGAGAAUACUGCGUCACGCUGCCCCCUGCUGCAUGGGAGAAUACUGCGUCAGGCUGCCCCCUGCUGUAUGGGAGAAUACUGCGUCACGCUGCCCCCUGCUGUAUGGGAGAAUACUGCGUCACGCUGCCCCCUGCUGUAUGGGAGAAUACUGCGUCACGCUGCCCCCUGCUGUAUGGGAGAAUACUGCGUCAGGCUGCCCCCUGCUGUAUGGGAGAAUACUGCGUCACGCUGCCCCCUGCUGUAUGGGAGAAUACUGCGUCACGCUGCCCCCUGCUGUAUGGGAGAAUACUGCGUCACGCUGCCCCCUGCUGUAUGGGAGAAUACUGCGUCACGCUGCCCCCUGCUGCAUGGGAGAAUACUGCGUCAGGCUGCCCCCUGCUGCAUGGGAGAAUACUGCGUCAGGCUGCCCCCUGCUGUAUGGGAGAAUACUGCGUCACGCUGCCCCCUGCUGUAUGGGAGAAUACUGCGUCAGGCUGCCCCCUGCUGUAUGGGAGAAUACUGCGUCACGCUGCCCCCUGCUGUAUGGGAGAAUACUGCGUCACGCUGCCCCCUGCUGUAUGGGAGAAUACUGCGUCACGCUGCCCCCUGCUGUAUGGGAGAAUACUGCGUCAGGCUGCCCCCUGCUGUAUGGGAGAAUACUGCGUCACGCUGCCCCCUGCUGUAUGGGAGAAUACUGCGUCAGGCUGCCCCCUGCUGUAUGGGAGAAUACUGCGUCACGCUGCCCCCUGCUGUAUGGGAGAAUACUGCGUCAGGCUGCCCCCUGCUGUAUGGGAGAAUACUGCGUCACGCUGCCCCCUGCUGUAUGGGAGAAUACUGCGUCACGCUGCCCCCUGCUGUAUGGGAGAAUACUGCGUCACGCUGCCCCCUGCUGUAUGGGAGAAUACUGCGUCAGGCUGCCCCCUGCUGUAUGGGAGAAUACUGCGUCACGCUGCCCCCUGCUGUAUGGGAGAAUACUGCGUCAGGCUGCCCCCUGCUGUAUGGGAGAAUACUGCGUCACGCUGCCCCCUGCUGUAUGGGAGAAUACUGCGUCACGCUGCCCCCUGCUGUAUGGGAGAAUACUGCGUCACGCUGCCCCCUGCUGUAUGGGAGAAUACUGCGUCAGGCUGCCCCCUGCUGUAUGGGAGAAUACUGCGUCACGCUGCCCCCUGCUGUAUGGGAGAAUACUGCGUCACGCUGCCCCCUGCUGUAUGGGAGAAUACUGCGUCACGCUGCCCCCUGCUGUAUGGGAGAAUACUGCGUCAGGCUGCCCCCUGCUGUAUGGGAGAAUACUGCGUCAGGCUGCCCCCUGCUGUAUGGGAGAAUACUGCGUCACGCUGCCCCCUGCUGUAUGGGAGAAUACUGCGUCAGGCUGCCCCCUGCUGUAUGGGAGAAUACUGCGUCAGGCUGCCCCCUGCUGUAUGGGAGAAUACUGCGUCACGCUGCCCCCUGCUGUAUGGGAGAAUACUGCGUCAGGCUGCCCCCUGCUGUAUGGGAGAAUACUGCGUCAGGCUGCCCCCUGCUGUAUGGGAGAAUACUGCGUCACGCUGCCCCCUGCUGUAUGGGAGAAUACUGCGUCACGCUGCCCCCUGCUGUAUGGGAGAAUACUGCGUCAGGCUGCCCCCUGCUGUAUGGGAGAAUACUGCGCAUGGAUCAAUGGAGGGCCCCAGGACUCCAGAUCCGAGGACCUGGAGCUGCAGCGCGGCUAA